AAAAAAGCGCGUUGGAAUCAGAUUUUCCAGUCAUCUCUUUCCCCAGAUAAGACUGCCCGGACUACGACUGCUUGACUUUAUAACAUGCAAGACACUGAUGCCAGGGGGAGCUCCCCUGCGUUCCUCCGGCCUCAGAACGGGAGCAGUCACAGGUCUUCGGGGUACAUCCCAGGGAGAAUUGCUCCUCUCCGUCCCCCACCACCCUCACAGAGCCAUGCUGCUGCUGAAUUUACCUCGGCCAGACAAGAAGCCCGGACAAGACUUCCGUCCCUACCAGUGGAGCAGCACCGCCGACAGGCAGAAGCCAACAGGCAUAAAAAUACUCUUAUUUGCUUUGCCAUUUCUAGCCUUUCACUUUUUGUUGCACUGGGGAUUUUUUUGGGAAUAGCUUCAAAAUAUGCUCCAGAUGAGAAUUGUCCUGAUCAGAAUCCUCGUCUUAAAAACUGGAGCCCUGGAAAAGAUCCUGAAAAAAGAGUUUUUAUCAAAAAAGGGGAUUUGUUUCGUCUGAACUCAGAUGCUACAGUACACUCUAUAGUUAUACAGGAUGGAGGUAUACUUGUUUUUGCUGAUGAUAAAGAAGGUUCUAAAAAUAUUACCUUGAGAACUCGAUUUAUCCUGAUAAAGGAUGGUGGAAUGCUUCACGUUGGAGCAGAGAAAUGCCGCUAUAAAUCCAAAGCAACUAUUAUUUUGUAUGGGAAAUCAAAUGAAGGUGCUGAUGUGUUAGAAUUUGGUGAAAAAUUUAUUGGCGUGGGCCCUGAAGGAACACUGGAGUUGCAUGGGCACCAGAAGCUAUCAUGGACUUUUCUGUCAAAGACUUUGUAUUUCUCAGGGCUGGCCUAUGGUCCUUAUACAUUUAAAAAGAAUUUUUCCCGAGGACUAAAUGUUAGAGUGAUCGAUCAGGACACAGCAGAGAUUUUGGAAGUGCUGAAGUUUGAUACUCAUGAAUUUUCAGAAGACAGCUUGAAGCUUCAGAACUUACUGAAAAAUGGAAGUCCUGGUCGCAUUAUUGCUAUUGCUGUAGGAGAUUCUGCUGCUAAAAAUCUACUGGAGGAAACCAGAGUGACUAUUCAAAAUCUUUUGGGAAGUAAGUUUGUCAGAGGAUUAAGUUACAGGCAAGCGUGGGCUUUAGUUGGUGUUAUAGGUGGUGGAAAUUCUUCCUGUAAUGAAUCAGUGAGAAACUAUGAAAACCACAGCACUGGUGGGAAAGCUCUUGCUCAGAAAGAGUUUUUCACAGUGGACGGGCAGAAGUUUGUUGUGAGAGCUUACAGCGAAUGGAAUGAUGGUGUCCCAGUUUCAGGCUUCCAGGUCGAAGCGGUAGGUGGAGUAAUACUGAAUCUUCUGGAUGAUGCUAGUAGUUGGGAGCCUGGAGACCGGAUUGUGGUUGCAAGCACAGACUAUUCAAUGUAUCAGACAGAGGAAUUCACCCUCCUUCCCUGCCCAGAAUGUACCAAGCAUCAGGUUAAAGUCAAAGAAAAUCCUCAGUUUCCUCAUGCAGGAGAAGUUAUUGAUGGAGUGGACAUGAGAGCAGAAGUUGGAGUUCUUACAAGAAAUAUCUUAAUAAAGGGAGAAACAGAAAAUACCUGCUACCGUGAAAAGGAGUGUCAGUUCUUUAGUUAUGAUACGUUUGGUGGACAUAUCAAGAUUUUGAAGAAUUUUACAUCUGUUCAUCUCUCCUACGUGGAAUUGAAGCAAAUGGGCCAGCAGCAAAUUGGAAGUUACCCUGUUCAUUUUCACCUUUGUGGAGAUGUGGAUGAAAAAGGAGGUUAUAGUGUUAAAACUUACGUGGAAGGUCUUUCCAUUCAUCACUGUUUUUCCAGAUGUGUGACUAUUCAUGCAACUAAUGGCUUGCUGAUAAAGGACACCAUUGGCUACGACACACUAGGUCACUGUUUCUUCAUAGAAGAUGGCAUUGAGCAGAGGAAUACUUUGUUCCACAAUCUUGGGCUAGUCACAAAACCAGGCACUAUUCUACCUACAGACAGAAACAGCAGCAUGUGUAUUGGUAUUAGGGAUAAAGUGUAUGGAAACUAUGUCCCAGUGCCAGCCACAGACUGCAUGGCGGUUUCGACAUUCUGGAUUUCUCACCCCAACAAUCAUCUUAUAAAUAACGCAGCAGCAGGCUCACAGGAUGCUGGAAUAUGGUAUUUGUUCCACAGGGUUGCUACAGGAGAUUCUCAUAGUUUAGCCAUUGAAACCAAAUCAGAGCUUACACCCCUAGGAAUCUUCUAUAACAACAGGGUUCAUUCUAACUUUAAGGCUGGUUUGUUCAUUGAUAAGGGUGUUAAAACAACUAAUGCUAGUGCUGAUGAUCCCAGGGAAUAUCUUUGUUUGGACAACAAUGCAAGGUUUCGACCUCAUCAAGAUGCAGACCCUGAAAAGCCUCGAGUUGCUGCCCUGAUUGACAGUUUAAUCUCUUUCAAAAACAAUGAUCAUGGGGCCUGGGUCAGAGGAGGGGAUAUCCUCAUUCAAAACUCAGGGUUUGCUGACAAUGGAAUAGGUUUGACGUUUGCUAGUGAUGGGAGCUUCCCGAAUGAUGAAGGUGCCAGCCAGGAGGUAUCAGAGUCACUGUUCAUAGGUGAGAGCAAGAAUUAUGGGUUUCAAGGUGGCCAAAAUAAAUAUGCAGGAACUGGAGGAAUAGACAACAAGACACGCACUCUGCCUAGAAAUCGGACAUUUCCAAUCAGAGGCUUUCAAAUUUAUGAUGGACCUAUUCACCUUACUAAGUGCACGUUCAAAAACUUUGUGCCAACUCCAGACAGAUUUACCAGUGCAGUUGGGUUCUUGAUGAAAAAUCCAUGGCAGAUGACACCAAAAAAUAAUAUUUCUCUUGUGAAGUUUGAUCCAAACGUUUCUUUGAAAGCCUUCUUUGGAAAGCCUGGUCCCUGGUUUGAAGAAGGAGAUCUGGAUGGUGACAAGAACUCAAUAUUUCAUGAUCUAGAUGGUUCAGUGACUGACUACAAGGAUACCUAUGUGGGCAGAAUGGAUAAUUACUUGAUUCAACACCCCAAAUGCAUUAAUAUUACAAAAUGGAAUGGAGUAGUUUGCAGUGGGAACUAUGCACAGGUUUAUGUCCAAACCUGGAAUGGACAGAAUCUUUCCAUGACUAUCAUCCGAGAUGAGUACCCAGCCAAUCCCAUGGUUCUUCGGGGUAUUAAUCAGAGAGCUGCCUUUCAGCAAUAUCAGCCAGUAGUGAUGCUCCAGAAGGGCUACACAAUACAUUGGAAUGGAAAAGCUCCAAACGUCACCUAUCUAUAUCUCAUUAACUUCAACAAGAAUGACUGGAUUCGUGUUGGUCUUUGUUACCAACCAAAUACAGAUUUUGUUAUAGUUUUGGAAACCUUUCAGAGGCGGUCGUCUGCUCUGUCAAGCAAAGUAGAGCGCUACGUGCCUGUCUCUUCAAUUACGGAGCUUGAAAAGAAUCGAUCAGACAAGAAGUUUUACUUUGACAACAGUACUGGAUUACUGUUUUUAUUUCUUCAAGCCAAAUAUAAUAGGGAUGGUCACAGUUAUUGCUCAUCUCAGGGAUGUGAAAGGAUCAAGAUUGUGACCAAAGAUUCAGCAAAAGGGAUAAGUAACUGCAUGGCAAAAGCUUACCCAAAGUACUACCAAGGACCAACUAUCAUAAAGCAGAUGCCAGCAAAAACUACUGUACCAUGUACAAGUUGUGGCACAACUCAGAUGGUAUUCACCAGUGAUCCUCACAAAAGCUACCUCCUUGUGCAGAUUAAUUCAUGUGAUGCAAAAGAAUCAAGCAGGGGUCAGCAAGCAUUUAUAUCUGUCAAUGACACCAUGUUUUCCUUCAAGGAUAAUGGUAUACUUACUGUUAUAAUAGAUGCCUGCGCUGGCACAGUGUUGGGAAACAAAUUAUUUUCUGGAAUAGACAUUAAGCAUGUAGGUGGAUAUUUAAAAUCUGGAAUUCCACAAAGGUCUAUUGUUCUACUGAGCACAAGAGGUGAUUUAGAAAUUCCUAAUAAUUUAGCAGAAGCCUUAAUGUCCCUGGGGACAGCGAAACCACCUUAUCUUCAGAGUAACGGAAGCCUGGCCUUCCUGGGCUUCAGAGGAAGCUUUAAGCCAUCCUGGAUUAAGCUGUUUACUGGUCCUGCUGGGCAUGGGCUCGUUCAGAUAGAAAAGUAUAUCCCUUUACAACUGGAAGAGUAUGGCUGUGCCAGAGCAAUCAAAAGCCGACAGAAAGACCUCGAGCUUCUGAAGAAGGCUACAAGAUCUCGUUAAAGAUUUAAGAUGUACAUAAAAGCUGGGGAAAAAAUGUGAACUAACUUAUUUUUUAAUUUAUGGCAUUUUAAACUAUAUUGUUAUCCGAGUAAAUCAUGUUAUUGUCUGACAGAUGUUUGCCAGCAUUGACUGCUUGAAUGCCAAUCUGUGCACCUUCUAGUUGUAUAAAAUAUUAAAGAAUUUAUUAGUAUUUGUAUAAACAGGUUUCAGAGAUUUUUCAGAUGUUUGUAUUUACUGUAAACAGUUUUGUUCUGUUUAUUACUCCUUUUGUAUGUAAGACGGUGUUCAUAAAAGCCUUAAAUUUUUAAUAACAGAUGUUGGAGUGCAUCUUGGAUUACUUGAAUGAUUUACAUUAAUGCUUCCAUAAGCAGCUUGAAUUGAUCAUUAUAACUUACACAUUUUCCCUCAGCUGUUUAGGUGUUUUUUUAAGAGUUAAUUUAGCAGUCAGCUUAGUUACAUUCUCAGUCUGCUUUCCAGCUUGUUAAAACCCAGUUUCCCUUAUGCAGGUAGCUGAUUUAAGGGGUUUUAAUUGCAGUAAAAUUUUUACUUUCUAUGUGAAAGAUGGAGGGGGGAAUUCAAAGAUCCAGCCUGGGGCUGGGUGAGGAUUGUAUACCAUGCAACAGAGUUUUACAAGGCUAUGUGUACCAGCAUGGCAUGCAGAACAGGAAAUUACUACUGUUCUUUAGGAUCAUUGUUUAUUAUUCCCGCUGAAUACACAGGUGUAUCUGUGAGAGUUAUUGUAGUAAAUAGUCUAGAUUUUAAGGCUGCAGUCUCGAGUACAGUUUGACUUCAGCUUAGUCUUUUAAAGCUUGUAGCUAAAAGGGCAAAGCUGAGAUUCUGUUAAUAUCAAUUUGUUAGGAAACUGAGUUUCUACUCCUGCAGUGAUUUUUUUUUUUUUUUAAUUUGAUAGGCUAUCCCAGCUUUAACUUAUAAAUAAACAGAAAGUGCUCUCAGUUCAUUCAGGCAUAUAUCUUUAUAUCUUCAGUUCAUUCAGGUUAUAUCUUUUGCCUUAACUUUGAUCCUUUUAGUAUACUCAUGUUGUUAAUUCCUAUUGACUUUAUAUUAGGUCUGUUUGAUUUUUUUUUCUGGUUUUGUUGCAAUUAUUUGGCCCUUCCUGCAGAUAGCGUGAAAAUCAUUUAGAUGAACAGAGGCACAACUGCCCCUUUUCAGGAUCCUAGUCUUUGAAA